AAGAAAAUAGAGGGGCGGCACUUUAUUACUUUUUUAUGUUGCACGCAUCCAUGGACGAAGAGGGAAACAAAGCAAGAAGAGAGCAGGAGAAAGAAAUCGAUGAAGAGAGAGAGAGAGAGAGAGAGAGACGGCUGAAGGGAGACGGAGAGGGAGAGGGAGUGAGAGGGAUAGAGUUCCGUUGACGCAAUGAAAUGGAGAUAGUAGAUUUUAUUAAAGUGUAGAAAAUCUUCUGUUUCAGCUCUCUGAUUAACUUCUUUUCUGUUGAGUUGAGACGAGGGAGAAGAAUAGAUCUGGUUUCUUGUAUGAAGUGGUCUUAGAUGAGGGGUUUUCCCUUCCAUGGCCAUGGGAAAGGGGGCUCAGAAGCAGUGGAGAGAGAAUUAGAGGGAAAUAAGGCAUUUUUCUGGGUGAAUAAGAGGCGAAAGUUUGGGAUCCAAGAGGGUGCGGAGCCAAGAUCGGUGCUUGAUCAUAGAAGCCCUAGCCCUCCUGCUUCCACAGUCACACUGUCUUCUUCCCUGGGCGGCUCCGGUUCAUCUGACACCGCCGGAGUGGCGGCGGUCUUCGACAGUACCGCUAACAAAUCGGUCCUCUCCGACACCGCCGCCGAAGUGGGCGGCGGUGCGAGCUGGAAGGAAGAAUGGGCGGCCGAGCUGCAGCCCAUACCUGCCGGCCUCGACGCGGCCUUCGAUGCGGGUGGUGCAAAAUGCGGCCUUGGAGUCGACGACUGGGAGACGAUGCUGUCCGAGAAUUCUGCAGUCUCCCCCGUCCGUGAGCAGACGUUUCUCGGGUGGAUCAUGGGCGACGUCGAUGAUCCUGUUUCAGCCCGUUUUAGGCAACAUCAGCUCCUCCCUCUGUGCCCGCCGGAUUUCGAUGGAAACAAUGGUGGCUUGGGUUUGGGGGUUCUCGACCCGGGCAAUGGUAGGAUUGAAGACAAGGCGCCAAUCUCAGUCUCCGUGGGCACUUCUGUAGUCCCCAACACUGUUGGUGGUGGCUUCCCGUUCAUGAGCAGUAAUAGUUGUGUAUCCCCGCCCUCUACCGGCUCUGUCAUCAAGGGAACCACCAUGAUUCACCAACCCGCUAGUCAUCUAAUGUCACAGUCUCUGGCUCCGCCAGGAAACUUCACGCCGUCGCUCUCUUUGCCACCGGGCAUUUACCUCCCCGACACCGUGGAUGAGAAACUGCAGUUAUUUGGCACAGGCCUUCUCUUAAACCAGCCACCAGCCACCUCGAGUUUGCCCUUCUUUCUCAGCGCAGGGCAGGUGGAGCAUUCGCUGCCGCAACUCAUCCUCCCUACGCAACCAAAGCGCUUACCGAUGGAGGACGAAUAUAUCACGAAACUCCCUUUUCUUGAAUCUGGCGGCAGCUCGGACCUCUUUCCUCGCCGGUCAUCAUACCAGCAACCACUGCAAAAUCCGGGAUUUCCGAUGCCUCAGCUCCAGCCAAGGUCAGUGAAGUACAAGUUGUCAGUUUUCUGUGAUGAUGCUGCGACGCCUGCAGCUGCGCAGCAGCAGCAGCUGCAACAGGCAUUGGUUAACCUGCUUAUCGAAGCUGCUAAGAUGGUCGAGGCUAAGAACUUCGUUGGUGCGCACGGGAUAUUGGCGCGGCUCAAUCACCAGCUCCCCUCCCCAUUGGGGAAGCCCCUUAUCCGUUCUGCCUUUUACUUCAAGGAAGCACUGCAACGUAUACUCUGUAACGGGCCUACUCCUGUUUUCUCCUCCAAUUCACCCUCCCAUCAUCAGCAGAGCCUAUUCUCCUUGUCGACGCAAUUUGACGUUGUGCACAAGCUCUGUGCAUACAAGACAUUCUCUGAAGUCUCUCCAAUCAUCCAAUUCUCCAACUUCACUUGCAUUCAAGCCCUUCUUGAAGAACUCAGUAGCUCUGACCGAAUCCAUAUUGUGGACUUCGACAUUGGAGUUGGUGGACAAUGGUCUUCUUUCAUGCAGGAGCUAGCACAGCGACGCUGCUCUUCCUCAAAUCCUGUGGUAAUGCUAAAAAUGUCAGUGCUUGUGUCUGAUUACUCCCAGAACAAUCUGGAGCUUCAGCUCGUUCGUGAUAGCCUCUCCCAUUUUGCGAAUGACCUUAACAUUCCAUUUGAAUUUUACUUCCAUAGCCUUGAAUCAUUUGAUGCCUUGGAGCUACAUGCCAUUGAAGGCGAAGCUAUUGCAGUAAACCUUCCUAUAGGAAGCUAUGGGAAACUUUCCUUCCCGUCUAUUCUCUACCUUGUCAAGCAGCUCUCUCCUAAGAUUGUCAUCGCAGUUGACCAAGGUUGUGAUCGGAGUGACUUGCCAUUCUUGCAGCAUUUUCUCCACGCUUUUCAGUCCUCUAUGGUUCUUAUGGACUCCAUUGAUGCAUCUGGAACUAACCAAGAUAUGACAACCAAGAUGGAGAAGUUCCUGCUUCAGCCAAGGAUAGAGAGCUCAGUUCUUGGACGAUACCAUACUUCUGAUAAGAUACUUCCCUGGAGGACACUCUUUACCACCUCAGGUUUUAUCCCUAUUCAACUCAGCAAUUUCUUGGAGACGCAGGCUGACUGCCUUUUAAAGAGAGUGCAGGUAAGAGGGUUUCAUGUGGAGAAGCGUCAGGCGACACUUUACCUCUACUGGCAGCGCAGGGAGCUCGUCUCAGUAUCAGCUUGGAGGUGCUGAAGAUAGAACUACCUGGUUCCUGGCAUGCUAUCCUUGUGUUUGAUUCUUGAAUAUCUGUAGCAAGAGUUGGCAAUUUAGGUAAUUCCAUCUCAGUUUUAGAUAUUGUCAUAACUUAAUCCUCUAUAAUGGUAACAACUUUUAUUGUCUUGCUGGUUAUAUCAACUUAUUUAUGUCCAUUAAAUCUUAGUGGUUUUGCUUCAA